AUGUCUUUUGGUCCGUGCCUAAAGUUAAAUAGUGGCCACGAAAUUCCCCAGCUUGCCUAUGGAACAUAUGACGUUAUGUUUACUGACGUGAUCAACGUCAUGAAAGCAGCUUUUGGAGCUGGUUACCGUCAUAUUGACUGUGCAAUGUUUUACGGCAACGAGAAAGAAAUAGGUCAGGCCAUUGCAGAAUCAAUGAAAGAGUACAAUCUUAAACGCAAAGACAUUUUCGUCACUUCUAAACUCGCGUGCGAUCGACAUGAUCCGAAAGACGUUAAAAGAUCUUGUGAAGAAACGUUGAAAGAUCUUGGUCUUGAUUAUCUGGAUCUCUACCUUAUUCAUUCACCUUUUUCGUUCCAUCUUAAAGACGGCAAUAAUCCGAAUUUUAAAGAUCCGAAGGCAUUCGUUUUUGAGGAUCACAAACUUGAAGACACCUGGAGAGAAAUGGAAAAGUUAGUUCCAGCAGGACUGGCAAAGUCUGUUGGCGUGUCAAACUUCAACAAACGCCAAAUUGAGCAUAUCAUUAAGCAUGGAACGAUGGUGCCAGCUGUCAAUCAGGUUGAAGUGCAUCUUCACUGGCUAAAUACCAAGUUGAUUGAAUUCUGUCAAUCGAAAGGCAUUCAGGUCGAAGCUUAUGCUCCUUUCGGCUCUCCUGGGUUCAUUAAGGAAAACGUUAAGUCAUUGUUUCAAUUGGAGGCUGUUGUUGAGAUCGCGAAUAAGCACAAAGUUUCUCCUGGCCAAGUUCUGAUACGCCAUGCUCUUCAAAGAAAUUUAAUUGUCAUCGCCAAGAGUGUUACUCCAGAGCGUAUCAAGAAGAACUUUGAUGUUAUGGGAUUUGAACUGACUAAUGAUGAGAUGGACAAGCUAAACAAAUCUGGUAUGAAUAUUCGCUUAUUCAAGUUUUCGGCGAAAAAGCACUCUGAGCUUCAGACCUCCACAACUGUGGCAUGGGAUAAAGGGUACCGAUUUUGUAUCCGACUGCACAAAGGCAGAAAGAUUCCGAAACCUGAUGUUCUAAAUGCCAUAAAAACCGCUUUUGGCGCUGGUUACCGACAUUUUGACUGCGGAAUGUUUUACGGCAAUGAGAAAGAAGUAGGACAGGCCAUUGCCGAAUCGAUGAAAGAGCACAAUCUUAAACGCGAAGAUAUUUUUGUUGCUUCAAAACUCUGGAGUGAUCGAAAUGAUCCCAAGAAGGUUAAACGUUCUUGCGAGGAAUCAUUAAAAGAUCUUGGUCUUGAAUAUCUCGACCUCUAUAUUGUUCAUUGGCCUGUUUCAUUUCAUUUUGAAGAUGGUGUUGGGUUUUAUUUUAACGUUCCUAAGACCCUUGUUUACGAUAAUAUCAAGAUAGAAGACACCUGGAGGGAAAUGGAAAAGUUGGUUCAUGCAGGACUGGCAAAAUCUGUUGGUGUAUCAAACUUCAACAAGCGCCAAAUUGAGCGUAUUAUUGAGCAUGGAACGAUAGUACCAGCUGUUAAUCAAAUUGAAGUGCAUCUUCACUGGCUUAACACCAAGUUGAUUGAAUUCUGUCAAUCGAAAGGCAUUCAGGUUGAAGCUUAUUCACCGUUCGGGUCUCCUGGUGUCGUUAAAGACAAAGUUAAAUCACUGUUUCAACUGGAGGCUGUUGUUGAGAUCGCGAAUAAGCACAAAGUUACUCCUGGCCAAGUUCUGAUUCGCCAUGGUAUCCAAAGAAAUUUGAUUGUUAUCGCCAAGAGUGUUACUCCAGAGCGAAUUCAUAAAAACAUUGAUGUUAUGGGAUUUGAACUGACUAAGGAAGAGAUGAAUAGGCUUAACAAAUCUGGUAUGAACAUUCGCUUGUUCAAGAUACCCGCUGGUCAUGAAAUUCCUCAGCUUGCCUUCGGAACUUUUGACGCCCCGAAAUCUGUUGUGGUCAAUGCUGUAAAAACGGCUUUUCGUGCUGGAUACCGUCAUAUUGACUGCGCAAAGUUUUACGGAAACGAGAAAGAAAUAGGUCAAGGCAUUGCAGAAUCGAUGAAAGAGUACAAUAUUAAACGUGAAGACAUCUUUGUCACUUCGAAACUUUGGUGUGAUCGACAUGAUCCUAAAGACGUUAAAGGAGCUUUUGAAGAAACGUUGAAAGACCUCGGUCUCAAAUAUCUGGAUCUUUAUAUAAUUCACUUUCCCGUCUCCUUCCGAUUCGCAGAUGGUGUUAUCUUUGAUCAAGACGAUCCAAAGACAGUUGUUCUCGAGAAUCACAAACUUGAAGACACUUGGAGAGAAAUGGAAAAGUUGGUUCCUGCUGGAUUGGCAAAGUCUGUUGGUGUAGCAAACUUCAACAAACGCCAAAUUGAGCGUAUCAUUAAACAUGGAACGAUAGUGCCAGCUGUUAAUCAGGUUGAAGUGCAUCUUCACUUUCUUAACACCAAGUUGAUUGAAUUCUGUCAAUCGAAAGGUAUUCAGGUUGAAGCUUAUUCACCUUUCGGGUCUCCUGGUUUCUUAAAUGAUAAAAUUAAGUCUCUUUUUCUUCUGGGGGUUGUUGUUGAGAUCGCGAAUAAGCACAAAGUUACUCCUGCCCAAGUUCUGAUUCGUCAUGGUCUGCAAAGAAAUUUGGUUGUUAUCGCCAAGAGUGUUACUCCAGAGCGAAUCCGGACAAACCUUGAUGUUUUGGGUUUCGAGCUGACUAAUGAGGAGAUGGAUAAACUUAACAAAGCUGGUUUGAACACUCGACUCUACAGGAUAUCAUCCCUCGCCGAGCACCCUGAAUAUCCAUACCAUGAUGAAUUCUGA